CUGAGACCUGCCAGCCCCGGGCCCCCGUGGCUACCCUCUGCCAGCUCAAAGUCACCUUUGCUCCAACUCUUCUGCUGGCCAGCCGGCCAGAGUCAGCCCAGACCCCCCUCCCGCUCAGCUCGGCAGGAACCAGGAACCGUCCCUAUUGGGCAAUCAUUAAUCGGAUUCUUGACAUUCCUCUGCCUUGGGUCAGCUUGGGAACAUGCUCCCCAGAGGAGGAGGAGCGGAGACCCAGGACUGGCAUCUGGACAUGCAGCUGACUGGCAAGGUGGUGCUGUCUGCCGCUGCCCUGCUCCUGGUGACCGUGGCCUACCGGCUGUACAAGUCGAGGCCCACCCAGGCCCCACGGAGGGGCGGGAACGCCAAGGUCAAGGCCGAGCAGGAGGCAGAGGGCUCUGGGCAGCCUGCCACCCACGGGGCUGUUUCUGGGGCGCCACGCUGGGGCCUGAGACGCAGGAGGGGAAGCGAGGGGACUGGAGAAUUGCCCAGCUGCAGCUGGGAGAAUCCUGAGCGCUCCGGAGUCCUGGCAACGGGAGCCUCUUCCAAAGACUCAGAAGCCGGGGAGACUGGGCAGCCCGGGAAAAAAGGUGCUGGCGGAGGGCAGGGUGGGCCACGCCUGGACUCCCACCUGACAGCUCCUCCACGCGGUGGCCAGGAAGCCGGAACAGCCUCUGGCGGUAAGCCCAGACUGACCCAUCACCCCCAUUUGUGCAGUGAACCCAAAAGCUCCCCAAUCGGCCUCACAGAGGCGGACAGCAACAGUGGGGGCGGUGAGCCUACUCCAUGGCUGAACAGCGGGCCCCCCAAACAGCCAGGGGCCAGAGAGCAGAAAUCCCCCCACCAACGCUGGGCAGCCCACACAGGAGACGGGAGUGACAUGAGUAAGAGCUGGGUCUUUACCCGCGUGACAGGGGUCCACAGGGAAGAGGCCGGGGCCCUCCAGGCUGCCUCAGACAUGGGCCUGGCCUUGCAUCAGCAGGAGGGAGCCACCGAUGCCUCUUACACCUUCUCGUCCAUGGCCCGGGUUCGAGUGGUGGAGAAUUUCAUACCGGAGAAGGGGGAGGGCAUCAGGUCCCCGCUGAAGGGCAAGGUGUACGAUUACUAUGUUGAAUCCACCUCUCAGGCCACCUCCAGGGGUACGUUGGCCCCCAGAAGGGCAGCCCUGGCUGAGGCUCCAUCCCCUGUUUCAGUGCCACAACCCCUGGGAAUGGGGGCAGCCUCCGGAGGCCAUGUGGAUGACAGAGUAGGUGGGGCAGAGGCAGCCGCCUCCCCGCAGCCUGAGCUGUCAUCCUCCGUGCAAGGCUUCAGCAGGAAGGAGAGCCUCCUUCAGAUCGUGGACAACCCAGAGCUUCAGCUGCAGCUCGAUGGCUUUGGGAACUCUGCUCCCUCCUGCCCAGACCAGAGUGCUCCGCCCACCGGCCCCAUAUCCCGGGAUUCUCCGGGGUCCGGCUCAGCCGGAAGCAGUGGGAAGCCCCACGUGCAGUUUGUGGCUGGGACCAAUUUCUUCCACCUCCCGCUCACCCCAGGUUCAGCCCCAGGUGUUCACCUGGAUCUGGGCAAUUGCUAUGAGGUGCUAACUUUUGCCAAGAGGCAGAGCCUGGAGGCCCUGAAGGAGGCCGCCUACAAGGUGAUGAGUGACAACUACCUCCAGGUCCUGCGCAGCCCGGACAUCUACGGGUGCCUGAGCGGGGCAGAGAGGGAGCUGAUUCUCCAGCGACGGCUCCGGGGCCGCAAGCACCUGGUGGUGGCCGACCUGUGCCCCCAGGAAGACUGCAGCCGCCUCUGCUGCUAUGACAGUGAGCAGGAUGUCUGGCACCCGCUGGCCCGUCUGCCCCCCGAGGCUGUGUCCCGGGGCUGUGCCAUCUGUAGCCUCUUCAAUUAUCUCUUCGUGGUGUCCGGGUGCCAGGGGUCCGGGCGCCAGCCCUCCAAUCGCGUCUUCUGCUACAAUCCGCUGACGGGGAUCUGGAGCGAGGUGUGCCCGCUAAACCAGGCCCGGCCGCACUGCCGGCUGGUGGCCCUGGACGGGCACCUGUACGCCAUCGGGGGCGAGUGUCUGAACACAGUGGAGCGCUAUGACCCCCGCCUGGACCGCUGGACCUUUGCCCCGCCGCUCCCCAACGACACCUUCGCGCUGGCGCACACAGCCACGGAGUGUGGCGGAGAGAUCUUCGUCACCGGCGGCUCGCUGCGCUACCUGCUGCUCCGCUUCUCCGCCCAGGAGCAGCGCUGGCGGGUCGGCCCCACGGGGGGCGGCAAGGACCGCACGGCCGAGAUGGUGGCGGUCAAGGGCUUUCUCUAUCGCUUUGACCUCAACCGCAGCCUGGGCAUCAGCGUGUACCGCUGCAGCGCCAGCACCCGCCUCUGGUACGAAUGCGCCACGUACCGGACCCCAUACCCGGACGCCUUCCAGUGCGCCGUGGUGGACGACCUCAUCUACUGUGUGGGGCGCCAGCGCACCCUCCGCUUCCUGGCCGACUACGUCUCCCCCAGGUUUGUGCCCGAGGAGCCGCAGAGCUUCCCCUCCCCGCAGGGCACCCUCCUGCCCACCGUCCUGACCUUGCCCGGCCCUGAGGUGCCCCAGACCAGGGUCUAGCAGCCCCUCUGCUGGGCUCCUUCUGCAAAACUAGAGGCAAAAAUCACCCUCUGCUCACCACUACAUGGGGUGUUUCUAGGAGAUGCAGCAGUCCAGGAAUUUGAGUCCCACUUACUGGCUAGGAUUCCUAGCAGAGUCUUUGCCCUCACUGGGCUACAGAAGCCCAGUGUGAAAAUGGAACUUGAGACUGGUGUUCUGGGGCCAAGGGCACCCCUUGUCUGCAGGGAUGGCCACCACCUUGCUUCAGAUCUGAAUCUGAGUGGGCGAGGCAGGUACCAAGACCCCAGCAAAGUUCAGGGGCACAGCCUUAUCACAGUCAAGUUCCAGGGGUCAGUUGCUGCCUCAGGCUGACCCUGCUGGAUCUGGACCAGCUCUCCAUAAGAUGCUGGUGCCUCUUCCAAGACAGUGUCUGCUGAGCCCCAACCUCCAACGUUCCCAGAAGCACCCUGGACACACAAGUGGGGAAAAUUGAGGGAGGGGGUUCUGGCAGGACCAGGAAGGAGCCCAGGGGAGCCCCAGGGGGGCCAGCCAGAGGGAGAGACAGCUAGAGAAGCAGAACAGCUAAAGUUGGAGGUGCCCAUGGAGACUGUUGCCUGCAGAGUAAAUUGACUAAAGCCCACUUCACUUUUUCUCAUUGCCCAGAAUUCUAAUAUGCCAGAAGGAGGAGAAACUUCCAUUUUUAGCAUCCAUUUGUAAAGGUACAUCUUGUAGGGUCUACUGAGAAUACAUCUGAGUCUAUAUAUUAGGUCUCGGGAGAGCAAGGAAAAGAUGUGGUCCCAUGGCCAGCCUCCUGCUGGGCAUUGUUAUCGGACUGCUUCAUUCUCUCCCCAGAUCUGAGAAACUUUCAUAAUACAGCUCUUCGUGCAACCCAGCCCUCCCUUUGGGAGCUGGGGACAGCCACAACAACCCAGCCCUUCCAGGUGGUGAGAUGCGAUAACAUUACUUGCCCUUCCUUGCCUUGUGGUCACCUGGUCAGACCAGAGAGGACCAGGGAGGGGCAGGUCCAUGAUGGAGCUGAGGAGCUAGAAGGUUCUAAUAGUGCAUUGGAAGACUGGGAUCUCCUUUCACAUCAGGUUUGGUAAAUUCUUAAUGAGAAGAAACCCUCCAGCCUCGGGAAGUUACCUUUUCAUCCCAGAAGGAGGGAAGAUAGACUGGUCCAAUCUAUCACCACAGCCCUGUUCCAUCUCCAAGGGAAACACACAUAUGGACAGGAGAGCAGUGAUGCUCUUGGUCCCAGCCAGAAGCCAGGGGAGCUGGGACUACUUCUAAAGUGACAAGCAGCAUGAGGAAACGGGUAGAGAAGGGUGGUGCACCAGGGCAGGCCUGGCAGGUGGGGAGGUGGGCGUGCUGACUUCAGCCUCCCCAUCUUGAAAACAGAAGGACAAUCUGUGUCCUUCUCUGCCUGGAGGGUAAAGGUGAGCUGGAGAAAGCUCUGCCCAAGCUCCCGGGGGUCCUGGCAGGCACAUAUGUUCAUUGCAGCUGCUGGGGGGGAGCUGGGGGUCUUUUUGGAAGAUCCAGGAUUGGAAUGAUUAAAAAGGGCACUUUUCUCGGACCACACAAGGACACCUUCCCUAUUCUGGGAUCUGGGAGGUCAGGUUGCUUAAUCUAUUUCUAAGUUGGAGGCCUAGAAAGGAAAGUUAGCUGGGACUAUGGCUGAAGCCUGGGGAGAGUGACCUUCCCGCCCCAUCCCUAGUCCCCACCAAGGCCAUGCUCAAGCUCAGAGCCAAGACUCAGGCAUGAACUUCCAAGGGACCCAGGGGGAGGGGGAGAUGUGAUGCCAGGCAGAGAAAAGAGUUUGCUUGGGAAGAGAACCCCAUCUGGGACCUGGGGCAGGGGGAGCCAGAUCCAGCCCCAGGGGCAGUUCUGCCAUAAAGAGCCAGACAGAGGACAGGAUCUCAGCCAAGCUGGGUCGAGUGUAAGGGAGGGCUCCAAGCUGACAGUGAGCUAGGGCUCACUCUAGGGAAGCUUCUGGAAGCCCACUGCAUACCUAUAGCAGGGACUAGGGAAAUGGAUCAAGGGAUAAGGCAGCACAGUUUGUUCCAGCCCCAGUGAUGGUGGGUGUGGUCUCUAUGAUGAGAGGGAGAGAGCUGAGACUUGGGCCUGGGCUGAGAUGAAAAGUAUGCUGCACACCUCAUCUGCCUUCUAUGGUCCCAUGGCAGACAUCACUAACCGAUGGCCGUACCUUUUCUGAUUGAGCCAUUUUAAUGGCCUCAGAACUGUUUCAACACAGGGUCCCAGGUGGUCAUUACCAAUAGAUUAGAGCUAGUGUGUUUCUCAUUCUUGGCCUGGAUCUCCAGAGCUGGAUUUAGGGAUGAGAGUAAUCAGGGGGUCAGGGCCAUCGCAGUAAGGCAAGGUAGUUCAGGGAGCCUGCGAAGACACCUAGGGCCGUGAGGGUCAGGGUUCAUUUACAGAACGUUUUAGCCAGGUGCUGUUUCAGCACAUCUCUGCCCUAACAGAGCUCACAUUUUCACCAUAGAAAACAGGCAAUUUAAAAAAACAAAUACGUAAACAAACAAGGAGAACCCAAGCUGCAUAUGGGGCACAAAGAAAGAGAAGGCAGGGAAGUGGGAUUGCGUGAUCAGGCUCCUUGAUAAGAAGACCCUGGGCAGAGCCCUGAGUGGAGGUCUGGGAGAUGCAGAGGCCAGGGCUGGCUCAGGGCCCGGGAAGGGCUUGGCCACACUAGCUGGGGAGUCAGGGUGGCCUCCCAGGAUCCCCAUCUCGGUGUGUGAAGAGCCCAGCUCUUCUGCUUUAGCCUUUCUUGGAAGGGAGAGCACUCCAUGACACCAACAUUUACAAACGCUUUAUCAGACAGGGGUAAGCUACCCCCUCGAGAAAGAAGCAGAGUUGGCACAUUUAGGGAUGAGGGUCAAAAUGACACACGCGCACCACAUCUGCAUGUGGAAGGCCAUUCUGAUCCCUUGCAAGCACAACUCACUCCAUGGGGUCAGAGUCUAGCCUUUCCACGUGACCUUUUUGAGUAGCCCUGUCUGUUGACCUCGAGCCCUCAGCCUCAGAGUAGCCUGUGUGUCAGCUGGCUUCUCCACAGGUCAUCUGUCCUGCUCUCCCAAUGAGUUCUUUGUUCUUUAGGGAAAAAAAUCCUUUAGGCUUGAGUUGCUUUCCGCAUUAGGCCAACCAUGCCAUUAUAGAAAAAAAAAAUUGGAAAAUAGAAAAAGGUAUAAAAAAUCUCCCCAGUUUCACCACCCAAAGACAAAACCCCGCUGCGGUGCAGGUCCCUGCGGGCUGUUUUUCCUGUGCAUGAUUUUUGUUUGGCUUGAUUCUUGCCAAGGUGUGAUUAUGCCGAAUAUACAAUUCAGUUGCUUCCUUCUUUCACUUCGCUUUACAGAAUAAGCAUUUUCCCAUGUCACUACAAACCUUCGGUAAACAUCAUUUCAAUAGUUGCACAAUAUUCCAUCCAGUGAAUGUAUCAUGGUUUAUUUAAACAGUUCCCCCUCCUUUAGGUCUGUAGGUUUGUUUUUUUUUUUCUCCUGUUGGUUUCUUUUUCUAUCACAAAUAAAACGUCCUUUGUUUUCGCGUCCCUCUCUGUCUGAGGCCUCCAUCAAUAUUUACAAGAGAAGCUCAGCCUUGGUUCUGUCUGGAAUCAUCAGGUUAUUGAAGCAACCAUAGCAACCACAGCAGUUGCCAGGAGCUGGGGCCUGGGCCCUGCUCUGACCGCAGGGCACAGAGCUGCCCUUGGAAAUGACCAGUGAGAAAGGUCAUCAGACCAAGGCUGGAGGCCGUCCAGGUGCUCCGCCCUGUGGGAUUCCUGGAACCAGGAUGCAAGACACAAAGCCCUGCUCUGAACAGACCAGAGACUGGAUGGCACAUUUUCUACACCUACCCUCGCUGAUCCUCACAACAAGCCCAAUUUACAGGUGAGAAAACUGAGGCUCGGCAAGUUCAAGGAAACGUGCCUCCAUGGCAAAGUCCAAAGACUCUCAGUUUCCUUAAAAGUAUCCUUGAACACGGCCUGCACACUCCCAGCAUGAUGCUCUUUCCAAUCCCCUGACGUGAGACACAGAGCCAAGAACUUGGCAUCAGCUGUCUCCUGGGCUGCACCCAAUCCCUGCCUGCCCCCAUCAAUCAAUUAUGCUCUAUCUUUGACCUUGGAACUCAAAACAAAUUAUCUUAAGCUCUCUGAUCCUCUAUAUCUGCAUCUGUAAAAUGGGUCUGCCCCUGGCAGCCUCAGGAGGAUGUGGUAAGGACUAACAAGAGAACACAUGUAAAGUACCUGGCCCAGGGACUGCUCCGAAGUCAGUCUCAGAAGACCCAUGGUCUUCUGAUGGGGAGGGUGCUGUGAGCCAGCUCAGGGGAGGGGCUCUCGUCUCCCGCUCCCCUUCCUCCGGGUCCUGGCCCCAGAGGAAGGAGGUUGUCUGACAUUUAAGCUCCAGAGGUCCCCCCUCUUGUUUGACAGGGUCUGAGGGUUGGGGGAGGAUGCUCAAGUUAUUUAUGUUUUAGACCAUCUAGGUUUUGAGACUGAGCCCCCGUUGUGAAGGAAAAGCCGGGCUGUUCUAACAAGAUAACUCACAAGUCUAGGAAUGUGAAGGAGAGGCUGGGCUGGGCUAACAAGAUAACUCACAAAUCUAAGUAUUGGAAUACUGAUCUAAGUUCUGCUGGACUAACUUGUAAAUCUAGGUUAAUUAGUGUUGGUUUGCUGUUCAUGUAUUUUUGCUAGCCAGCUGGGUUUUCAAAGAUACAUAUCUGGCUUUGGAAUGUUGGUUUGCUGCCUCCCUGCCUCCACUUUUGUGAUGAUAAUGCUGCUAAAGCUGUUCCAUGCCUAUUGGCCGAAUACCCCAAGCUUGUACUUUACCCUAUAAAACCUCAUGCACAUGUCUUGGAGGUGCUCAGAGCUUCGGAGCAGAAGCCCCUCUGGGCCCGCCGGCGUAAUACAUCUGAGUACUCCAACCCUC